AUGAAAGGUCUCUUUCUGUGCUCUAACACUGAGUCUCCACUAAGCUCUGGUUUCUGGUCGAUUGCACAGGGACACCAGUGCUCGGCAGAUGCAGACUGUGGCCCGGAGAAGUUCUGCCUUUCAUCUCGACGUGAAGAAGCCGUCUGUAGCCCUUGCAGAGGGAUCAGGAGACGGUGCCACCGGGACGCGAUGUGCUGUACAGGGAGCCACUGUCUAAAUGAUGUGUGCACAGUACUGGAAGGACAGGCAGCAGAGAAAUCGUCCAAGGAUGGAGAGUCACGGAAUGCGAAAAGCGGAAAGAAGACCAAGAAACCCGACGGGCACAAAAGGAAGGAAGUCCAGCAAGAGAGCCAAUGGGAAAGGCUCGACAGUCCUCAGGCAGGGAAAGGGCUGGAAGGAGAGACCUGCUUACGAACAUCAGAUUGCUCCACUGGACUGUGCUGUGCCCGUCACUUCUGGUCAAAGAUCUGCCGGCCUGUCCUGAAAGAGGGCCAAGUAUGCUCAAAACGGGGGAGGAAGGAGGGUCCUCAAGGGCCAGAGAUCUUCCAGCGGUGUGCUUGUGGACCAGGAUUAACCUGCCGUAACCAAAAUCAACAAUCUUCUCAGGGCACCUCCAGGCUGUGGAUCUGCCAACGUAUUUAGAGAGGUCUAACCUUGAACACUUGUAAUGAUGUCACAAAUUAACAAGAUCAGUACUGCACUAGUUCAAAUAAAGCAUUGUCAUUAUACAAAGCCAAAAAUACCAAACAUUGUUCAUCAAAUGGUACAAAUUAUAAAACUUGCUCUGUGAGGGGUAAUCCUUAACUGCCACAUAGUGUAUCUGAUUGGAUGAUUGUGUCAAAUGAAUUCAUAAAGUAUUGAGGGUUAAAGAUAAUGUCCCUGUAG